AUGGAUAAGUUAUCUAUCCAAUGCUUUUUUAUCUUCUUAGUUCUCACCAGCUUCGUCACUACCGUCUCGUGUUUGAGUGCUACAACAGAUUCAAGAGAAGUUGAGAAUGAAAGGGAGUUCAGCUACGAGCAGAACAAAGAGAACGGGCCAUCGAAAUGGGGAAAGAUAAAACCGGAAUGGGCAAUGUGCGGGAAAGGAGAUUUGCAAUCACCAAUUGAUCUUACUAACAAAAGAGUUACCAUUGUUACUCAUUUCCAAAAGCUUACUAAAGAUUACAAACCUUGCAACGCCACUCUCAUUAAUAGAGGCCAUGACAUGAUGCUGAGAUUUGAAGGAGAAGGGCCAGGAAGUUUUAUGGUAAAUGGAACUGAUGAAUAUAAACUUCUACAGCUUCAUUGGCACUCUCCUUCAGAACAUACUAUAAAUGGAAGAAGGUUUGCUCUUGAGCUUCACUUAGUUCAUGAAAACAUUAACGGAAGCUUGGCUGUAGUGACAGUGCUCUACAAAAUUGGAAGGCCAGACUCUUUUCUUAGAUCGCUGGAAAAGAAACUGUCGGUGAUCACAGAUCAAAGUGAAGCAAAGAAAAAUGUAGAAAUGAUUGACCCAAAGAGUAUUAAGAUUGGGAGCAGAAAGUAUUAUAGAUAUCUUGGAUCACUCACCACUCCUCCUUGUACACAAAAUGUCAUUUGGACCAUCGUUAGAAAGGUACGGACUGUGACAAGAAACCAAGUGAGAUUACUCCGAGUGGCUGUUCACGAUAAUUAUGAUACCAAUGCUAGACCGGUUCAACCUAUAAAUAAGCGUGUGGUAAAGUUAUUCACACCAAAAAUUCGAUGAAUCAACGUAC